AGCCCUAAUAACAGAAAAAAGCGUGCGUUUGAUUGGCGAGUGAGACGGGCGAGAUAAAACGAAGCUUACAACAAGAUUCGUCAGUCUCUCAAUUCACGCGGCUGUCGGAACAUUUUCAUUUGCGUCGGAUCCCACAUCGCUCGCUAUGACCUUACGCUGGGCAGCACGCGACGCAGACGAUACCUUAGAACAGUCCGAGGACGACCCUGACCUCAUCAUGGCAGGCCAUCCUCACCCUUCGGACCUGAAAGUGUCUCGACUGACGUCAUCCCCAACCGACAGGUCGGACUCGCCGACAACGAUGUCCCCCGAGGGUAACUCGGGUGGCGGCAAGAAUAUGGAGCACGUCAAGCGGCCAAUGAACGCCUUCAUGGUGUGGUCACGUGGUCAGCCGAAAAUGGCGCAGGAGAACCCCAAGAUGCACAACUCCGAGAUCUCCAAGCGCCUGGGCGCGGAGUGGAAGCUCCUGACGGAGGAAGCCAAGAGACCGUUCAUCGACGAGGCGAAGCGCUUGAGGGCUCUGCACAUGAAGGAGCACCCCGAUUACAAGUACCGGCCUCGGCGCAAGCCCAAGUCACUGAUGAAGAAGGACAAGUACCCUUACCCGCUGCCCAUGCUCCAUGGUAUGAACUCCUCUGCCCUAUCCAACAUGGGCAUGGCCCACAGCCUGGCCACCCUCUCCGGACAACAGUCGGACCUGCUGGCUAGUAUGACAGCCGCCAGUGCCGCUGCGGCGGAGAAAGCGCGGCAGCUCUUGCCGCCCUCCGCCAGUAGCUACUCCAUGUACCCACCGUUUGCGGAGCUGGCUGCUGCCGCAGCGGCAGCCAAGCUGGUCACAUCACCCCUGUCGGGGUUGCGGCAUCCUUCAGAGCUACCCGGCAACCCCUUUUACCCACACCCGUAUGCAGGGCUGGCGGCACACCCAGCGACGACGCUCGCCGCUUCCUUGCCGCCCCAUGCCCACGCGGCGGCAGCCGCGGCUAGCCUAAGCGGCCAGUACUACGUCCCGUACUGCCCGCCCUACGUCACCGCUCAGGACAUGCAUCGUUCGCCCCUGGCCUACGUCUUGGUCAAGCCGGAGGAUCACUUCCGGCACCCGACCGUGCUCUGAACGUGGCCGUAACGUAGUUUCCGCUCUGUGCCAUACAUAGGGUCGACCAGUCCCUUCUGAGGGGGUCGUCAUCACGUCGCCUCGUUUCCGGUGAACGUGGAUUACUUGGCGACGACGACGAUGAUGAUGAUGACAGUGAUUUGUGUGACGUCACGCGCGAGGGCUCAAAAUGGAGAUCUGCUUUGUGUGUGCUCUAGUGUCGUGAACUGCAGUGGACUGUCGCCCUGAGUCGGUAAUUUCGUCUCAAAUUGGCCUACCUCAAUAGUUGACUGACUUCUCCUGCGUGAAGGUGGGUUUUGAGAUGUUAAUAACGCUGCACUUGCUUAUAUCAUGUGGGAGGGGACAAAAAGGGGGGCUUUGGGAGGGAUUACUGUGAGGGUGGGAUGGUUUUGGUGGGUGAUAUUGGCUGUGUGUAGUUUGUUGUACUCUUUGUCUUUUUGGGAGAAAAAAAAUCUCCGUAUUUCCAGGAUGGAACGCUGGACGUUGAGAUCUGUUUAUAACUGUCGCUAAUUGUUUUAAUGAAGACGAACACAUGAUAACAGCCAGCUUGUGUAUUGUGUGUGUGUGAUCAUGUUCCACUUUCUUCCCACCGUAACUGGCAAAGAAAGAUCGCAGAAAAAAAAAAAUAAAACCUCGCGAAGAACGCAGCGAUGUCAUGAAAGACCUGGGGGUUCAGAGGUCAAGGCCUCUCGAGGCAUAGCCAUAAUGGGGGGGCGGAACGUAAAGAACUCUUUGCAUAGACCAGUUGACUACAACCAAGUGCGCUGUGAAUUGUGAUGUCAGUGAGAGAAGGUGGCGGUGGCAGGGUCGGAGGUGGGGUAGUGGGGAGGGGGAGAAAAAAAAGUAACAACAAGAAUGUGAAGGGGACGCGCAUGCGUAGAGCCCCUCGUUGAUAGUUCAACAAGGCCCCCGCAGGCGACAGUGAGACCUGUCACGAGCGACGGUUUGUUUGUACAGGUAGGGCGGGUGUGAAGUGGCGUGCGCGCGCGCAUCCAGUUCGGGGUACUUAGCAGGUACACGACAAGAACAGCUGCGGACGCGUCUGGACAAUUGAAGGCCGUGGGCCACAGGUUGGAAUCGCCAAUGUCUUCCACCAAGUUAUCAAGCCGUGGACUGUUGAACAAAAAUAAAAGAGGAUGAAAAGCGGACUUGUGCUCAACGACAAUGUCAUCAUCAGCAGCUGUGACUGCCAGCUGUCACAUCCAGCUGUGUGUUUCGUAACGGGACUAUUCAGGCUGAUGUGAAGAUCAGCAAGGAGCGAAAAUGUUACAAAAUGCCGGCCUUCCAGACUCUUGAAGACUCAGUUCAAUGUUUGUUUUUAUUUCAAACUGUUUGCUGGCAAAACAAACAAACAAACAAAGCAAACCCAAACGACUUUAGCCAGUCAGUGAGUGUUGACUUCUGUUGUAAGUUUUAUUCUCAUGUCUUCAUGUCGUAGGCAGUAACCUUGUCUGUGGAGGAAAACUGCGAUCUCAAGCUUUCCAUUUCGGGUAGAAUAAACCGACUUUUCUUCGUAAGAGGGAGUGGGGAGGGUCGUUUUAUUUUUCCCUGAACAGAAACAUUUUUCUCAAAUCAGUGUGACAUGUUUGUCUGAGUGCCAAAGUCACAGGGAAGAAAAAUUUAUAAAUGAUGUUUGCAUUGUUUUAUUCUGCUUUGGCAAUGUUAUGCUGAGAAUGCUUACCCACCCACCCACGCGCAAAUAACCACCCGUGAUUUUCGUUCUGCCCCUUCCCACCUUUCCCUCUCUCUCUCAUACACUUCCCUCCACGCAGGCGCAUUACCCUUGCUCGCAAAUUAGUGUUAUUCUAUUGAUCUGCUCAUGUUAUACCGAAUUAAUUAAUCCCUAUAUCAACACAUCAAUCUCAGCUUUGUAUCGUUUUGUUCUUUUUUCUCCUCAUUUUUAUUUCUUCCUUCUAUCUUCUAGUAGUCACUUACCUUCUCCAGCUCCUCAUUCAAGAUUCAUCUUUUGUAUGUUUCAGUGCACCUGAAAAUGUCAGUCAGUUUUCUUGGAGGUUCUCAUUCAUACUACCCUUUCAUAACAGACGAUUUACAUUUCAACAGUCGCAUUUUUUUUGAUUUGAAUUUUAAAAAAAAAAGAAAAUUCUGGCUGUGUACUGUUUAUUUUGAGAGUCACACCACACAACAGCGCAGUAUGUCUCACCACCUCGUGCUUUUAAUUAACUCCUGUCAUUGUGCUCGGCCACACACCUGAAAUAAAAUUAGCUUCUACGUCAUUGGCAAAACGUUUUCACGUGAAAGGAUUGCAAGCCGUGCUUAUUCAGCCAGUAGCUGUUUUCCAGGGUGGGUGACGAAUACCCCGGGUACGAGUUCUAAAGCGAGUAUUGUGAGUCCGGGGUGACGCAGAGCCAGUGACACGAAACUCAAAUCUGCAGCUGUGCAGCUGUGCAGCUGUGGGUAGCAGGUCUACACAACCACAUGUAUGUCAGCAGGUGAGCUGACCCGUCGAACUUUGACCUGAAUGGCUUUCUUAACUGGACACGCAUUGGUCGAUAAUAUGUGCCCAUGUAUGGAAAAUUUUUACCUGAUGAUCAUGUUAAAAAAAAAGAAGAAGAAAAAAAAACCUGAUUUCUCACUUACUUUUCACUUGUCUGAUUUGAAAACAAAAAAUAUAUAAAUAACAACAGAUCAGCACCGCUUUGCGGACAUUUAUUCGCGCCAAAACCUUUCUUUACAGAAAAUAGUUAUGACUCAUUUUUUCUUCUUUUUUUUUUUUUCUGUUCUCUCUCUCUCACAAACAUUUUAUUCACUAAUAAUAUUUUUCUGGGUUGUCGUUAAUCGAAAAUAGUUCCGUUCCCACACCUACACAGCUUGAGAGACCAAUAGGAAAAAAAUGCUCCAAGAAAAAGACAGAAUGAACCAGUCGUAAUUAAACUAAUUUCCAUCAGCCUUGGCUCUUCCCUGCUGACCUCCGCCAUCUCCAACGGCUCCGCGCCGCGCGCGCGUCAGUCUAUAAAAAGAAAUACCCAGUCGAUGAUUCCUCGGGUGUCGACCUAUUAGCUUUGUCAAUCGUCGAAUCUGUCAGGGUUCCAUCGACAACUUGAGGUACCUCUCGAUACAAAUAAGUCGCUUCAACUAUUCUUCCCUUGUCUCGUCGUUGUCGUCGUCGUCGUCGUCGCCAUCAUCAUCAUCUUCAUCGUCCCCGCUAGAGUCAUGAUUCUGAAAUCCACAGAAAAAGUCAAAUCGCAUUAACCUGUGAUUCUACCCGCUGUGGGUGUGGGUGAAGGUGUGGUGCAUUAUGGGAGGAGAAUGUGGAUGAGAGAAAAGUUCUUUUCCCUGAAGUAUUGUAGUUUUAUUUAUCGCCCACUGUGAAGAUUGUUAACAGGAAGAAAAAUGUUUAAAAAUAUUAAAUUUUGACAAGUCUCUUUGUUAGCUGGCGAACUUUGUCUGCUAUAUUUUUUUUUCUUGAAUCAGUUUUUUUAAAACUUUGUUAUUUCAUCACUGAUGUCAGAUUACACAUUAUUUGAAACAAAAUGCAUCUCAUGUGUUAUAUUGUUUAUAUGUUAUGUGUGUGCUUGUUACAGAGAGAGAGAGAUAUUGUGUCUGUGUAUGUUUUGUGUGAGAGAGAGAGAGAAUGAGAGAGCCAAAUGAACCAAAAACAAAGGAUCCAGCGACAAAAGGAUAUAAGCGAUUAUUUAGUCACUUGUUCCCAGAAAAAUUCUUUUAAAAAAAGUCCUAUUAACACGGAGUUUCAAAAUUAAAAAAAAAAAAAAAAAAAAAAACAACAAAAAAAACAACAAAAAAACAGACACAGGAACAUUCAUACAAAUUAUUUGACAAAUUUCGCCUACAAAAUGUUUUGUGGAGGCGGGUGGGUGGGGUUGUCCUCAAUGGACAGAGGAAAAACGAGCCUCAGUCCACCCCUCGUAUCUUUCUUUGUCUUGUUUGUAUAAUUUAUCUCUCUGUGCGAUUGUCAGCUGUGUGUCACAGCACUUGCUACAAUAGGUUGUUAAAUCCAUGGCCAGAUUCCAAAAUUAACGACAAACAGUUCAGACAAAUACUGUGGAGACAACCUGGACCCCUUCUUCCUGUAAACCACCAUCAGGCAAAGUAACUGAUUUAUGUGAGCUGGAGUGUGUCUAAAAGUCUAAACAUGGCGACACCGAGUUCAGUUGGUUUUGCAAUUUAACAAUCGGAUCCGAAAUUAGAACAUCGUGAAAUAAACAAUUAAAAAUAAAUAAAUGGAAGAUCCGGAUCUGACAUUAGCCAGAUAGUGUGCUUCCUCUAUCCAUGUCUUAGCUAAAAUCUGACAUUAGCUACUGUGCUUCCUAUACCCCUGUCUUGUUAGCUAAAUCUGAUAUUAGCUACUGUGCUUCCUAUACCCCUGUCUUGUUAGCUAAAUCUGAUAUUAGCUACUGGUCUUCCUAUACCCAUGUCUUGUUAGCUAAAAUCUGAUAUUAGCUUGGGAGGUAGACUGACUCCCCCUCUCCUACCUCUUCCUCUUUUCUUCCUCCUCUGUGCCAGGUUGGAUGUGAUACUAAUGCAUCCACACAUGUGCCAAAAGGGUUCGCUUGUACAGCUGUAGUUUGAGAACCUCUAACCUCGAGGGAUAUUCGAUUGUCUUUUGCUCUGAUGACUUAUAAUAAAAGUCACUUGCCUCCAUGUUUGGGCGUUACCUGGCUUGUAUCGGACAUUGUGUGUGUGAGAG